CCUCAACUUAUCCAUGAUGGAAGAGGCUAGUGGUGUCAAAGAAUUCGACAAACAUGAGCUUACUUACAGCACAAGUGUCAGUUUAUACAGUCAAGAUCCUCUGGGACCCACAUCUGUCUAUACUGAAGGAGAGGAAACUACAACUGAGCACAACCUCUUGAAGGAAGUAUUGGGCUUCCUGCAAGAGAACCUCUUUCUCAUUUUGGUUAUCACUGGACUGAUCAUCAUCAUAUUCCUCCUCAUCUGCUCAGCGGUGGUGCUGAGCCGCAGACGGAAGGUGAGUGCCUACUACCCGUGUGCUUUUCCUGCCAAGAUGUACGUGAAUGAAUCGGAUAAGACUGGAGGAGCCCGGAUCUUUUGCGAGGUUCCUGAGAAACCACCAAGCAGUUCAAUGGAGGAGCCAACCAACAGAGCCAAGCGGCUCCAAGAGGACAUCCUACUGGCAACCAAAAACCUUCGAACCCCAACAAAAUGUCCAUGGAAGGAGGACAAGACAAAGCUGUCGAAACCUAAAUCUGCUGAGCAGGCUGAGCAGGAGAAAGAAAAUUCUAGGAUGGCAGAGGAAAAGAAUCCAGAGCAGUGUGUCACCGAGGAGGCUGAAGAGGAGAUCAGCUCCGGAACGUCCCAAGAUACGGCGCCUGUUGGCCACAUGGAAAAGUCCGACCCUUCUAAAUCUGAGACGGCUUUAGAAAAUGAACAUCCAUCUGGCUCAAAUAACUUAGAGACUCAUGAGGAAAAAGACAAACAAGAAGUUGUUGCUCCAGGCUUGUCGUUUAUCAGUGAAGAGAAAACGGCAUUUUAGUACAACCAGCCAAGUAAUUUUUUGGAAAGACAAUGUAAUACUUAAAUGAUGUGCUUAUAAAAAUGUCAAAUUAUGGACAAUGUAUGGACAAUUUUUGUUAUUUUGCUGCAGUUGUACUUUCCACCCAUUUUGGUGGAUUACUUUAAACACUACACCAAACUAGCCAAUAGAAUUCAUGCAUCUUAUAUUAUGAAAUUAUGUUCUGUUUCUUUGAAUUAAAAGCAUGUGGUACAGUGGUGCAGCUGGUAGAGUGAAUGACACACAGCAACAUGGGUCUUGGGGACCUGUGUUUGACCCUUGCCUCUGGUCAAUGUCUGUAAGGAGUUCUCCCUGUGUCCAUGUGGGUUUCCUCCAGGUACUCCGGUUUUCUCAUGCAGAAAGUGAACUG